CCUUGACCGUCCGAUCUGUUUGCACAAAACUCAAGCAAUCAUCAUAUUUUGUACAUCUGAGAGGUUGCGAUUCUUUUUUCCUUAUUAUUUUUCUUUGUAUAUAUUUUUACUUCCGAAGAAAUACACAGAAAUUGAUCCUUCUUUUGUCCAUGGCGUUCUCUGCGAUUACUAUGCACUGCCCCUCUGUUCUUCGUCUACCCAACAACCAACCUUCGAAUUCCUUGCCCCAAAAUUCAUUUUCUCUUCGGUUUUCACCGUUAAAGCUCAAUCGUAGAAAACCCAUCUCAAUUCGAUCAACUUCUGUUCCAGCUGCACCUGCACCAACAUCUGAAGGGCUAGCACCUGCAAUUUUGCUGUCGGAUAGUGCACUGAAGCACUUGAAUACGAUGAGAUCUGAACGUAAUGAAGAUUUAUGCUUAAGAAUUGGUGUUAAACAGGGUGGAUGCUCAGGAAUGUCAUACACAAUGGAAUUUGAGAAUCGUGCAAACACGAGACCAGAUGACUCUGUCAUUGAAUAUAAAGGUUUCAUUAUUGUUUGUGACCCAAAGAGCCUUCUCUUCGUAUAUGGCAUGCAGUUGGAUUACAGUGAUGCCCUUAUUGGUGGAGGUUUUUCUUUCAAGAACCCAAAUGCUACACAAACAUGUGGUUGUGGUAAAUCUUUUGCUGCAGAAAUGUAGGAUCAUGUAUAUGAAAUAAUUUAGCAGAAAUGAAAAAUGGAUAGAAUAUAAUUUACAUUGAAUGUAUAUCGAAAUUCUGGAUUGGUCAACAUUUACAUGUGUCUGGAAAGCUUAGAUACCUUUCAAAUGAUUGGUACUUUUUAGUAUUUUGUUAAUUUUAGAACAUUUAUUGUUUACCUAUGUAUCUGGUACUGCCACAAUACAAAGCAAAAAUCGGGCAAGAGAACUGUCACAAACAGUGCAUUUUCUUGAAGCUUAAGCUGAUAAAAUCAGAGCCUGCUAUGUAUAAAUGGAUUCUCAUACAAGAAUCUCUCGUAUAGGUUAAAAAGGCAGAUUUUAUUUUCAGUUAAGAUGUUUCUGACAGAUGAGUAGUGUCGAAUGGGUGAGAUUAGAAUUUCGCAUAUGAGGCAUCUGCCUCAGGACAACCUUUAUAUUAUAUUAUGUGUACAAAAUACUGGGCAACUCUUUUCUGUUAUUAUAGAAAGAACCUUUAAUUUUCCA